AUGAACCGGAUAAAGUUCAGCCGGGUGCUGGUGAACGUGGGCCGGGGCUUCGACCGGCGCUCGGGCGUUUUCCGGGCGCCGGUCGGCGGCGUUUACCAGUUCUUCUUCUCCACCCAAACGGCGCCCGGCGGGGCCCGGACCGAGCUGUGGCUGGUGGUGAACGGGUACUGGGUGUCGGCCUCCCAGGGCCGGCUGCCCCGGACCUCCACGGUGGGGAGUCUGAACACCUAUAUGAGCUUCCUCCGCCGCGGAGCCAGGGUCCACGUCACCCACAACUGUGGCAGGUCCUGGGCCAACGCAUCCUCCACCACCAUCAGCUUUGGGGGGUCCCUGCUCCUACAGGGGAGGAACCAGGAUUAA